UGUCAAAGCAGCAAAUUUCCUAUAGGAAAAAAAUUGAAAAAGUGACCUCGGAUCUUCCUGAUGGAAAAUCGACUGAUCAAUAAAUUUGCACGGACCGGUCCGAAAGCUCCUUAUAAACACCUGACGCGCACGCGCGAGGGCGCCGCUCGUGUGUGUGCUCUGAUGUGCCCUGCUGUGGGACACAACACCACACCUUUGCGCGGUCCCACUCUAGAACACAUGCCUCAUGACACACCCGAGCAGCAGCCGGGCGGUGAAGCCACGCAGACAUCUGCCGCCGCCGCUGCUGCUGCUGAAAAAAACAGCAGCAUCAGCAGCGGCGGCGGCGGCGGCGGCAGCAGCGAGGUUGAGCCUGGCUCUCUUCCACAAUUUUCUUACUUUUGACCAACUCCUCCUUCGUUUCCUCCAGCGUUCUCUCUACGACGGUGAGGCUGCCGCAUUCGAUAGCCCGCCGCGUGUUAUCCUGCUGACGCGGCAACCAUACACUGCCCCGUCCUCUCUUCAAACUCCGUUUUGUUUUGAUUCAACUUUCGCGCAGCGCGCCUCCUGCUGCCGAACGGCACGGACCUCGAUUU